CGCAGUGCAAUCUCUUGUGUCAAACAUGGCUGUGCCUUUGGAGAGAGAAAAAUGCUGAAUAGCUAUGGAAAUUUUCGCAAAAGGAUCAAACAUGGCGAGACUGGCUGAUUAUUUGAUUAUCGUUGGAUACGAUCAUGAAAAGGCCGGGUCAGGAGAGGGCUGUGGGAGGAUCAUUCAGCGUUUCCCUGAGGCAGACUGGGAGGGGACAGCCUUCCCCCAGGGGUUGGAGAUGUUCUGUCAGCCAACGGGGUGGAGGCUGUCCCGGGAGAGGAGGCAGCCCACCUUCUUCACCGUGGUGUUGACCGACAUCGACUCCAAUCGACACUACUGCUCGUGCCUUACCUUCUUUGAAGCUGAGGUCAACCUACAGGGAUCGAAGGCUGCAGACACAGAUGGGGAUGAUGAGGAGGAAGAAGACGGAAAUGGGCUGAUCCAUCCUGCUGAAGUGUUCGCACCUAAAAGCCUUAUUAUGGUGUCCAGACUCGAUUUCACAGAAAUAUUCCGGGGCUGCCUGGGUCUGAUCUACACAGUGUACAUCGACAGUCUGAGUUUCCCUCUGGAGACUCUGGUGGCCAACCUCUUAACCUGCCUCGUGCCUCAGUCAGGGGGGUCCCAGAAGCUUUUCUCGUUGGGAGCAGGGGACCGGCAGCUGAUCCAGACACCCCUGAAUGACAACCUGCCCGUCACAGGGAAGAGCGUGGCUCUCCUCUUCCAGCAGCUGGGAAUCCAGAACGUGUUGAGCUUGUUUUGCGCAGUGCUGACAGAACACAAGGUGUUGUUCCAUUCCAGCAGCUACCAGCGUCUUGGAGAGGCCAGCCGUGCCCUGGAGUCCCUCAUGUUCCCUCUCAAAUACAGUUACCCCUACAUUCCCAUCCUGCCCUCACGGUUGCUGGAAGUCCUGAGUUCCCCAACUCCCUUCAUUAUUGGAGUGCACUCUGUGUUCCAAGACGAGAUCCAGGAACUGCUGGAUGUCAUCAUCGCGGAUCUCGAUGGAGGGACGAUAAAGAUCCCAGAGUGCAUCCACCUAUCCCACCUCCCAGAGCCACUACUGCACCAGACCCAGACUGCACUUUCUAUGGUCCUGCAUCCAGAUCUUGGAGUUGCGGAUAAUGCUUUCCCACCGCCCCGUGCUGCUUCGUCGAACCUCAAGCUGCUAGAUAAGGAGGUGCGGGCUGUGUUCCUGCGCUUAUUUGCACAGCUCUUCCAGGGCUACCGGUCCUGCCUGCAGCUGAUCCGCAUCCACGCCGAGCCUGUCAUUCACUUUCACAAGACUGCCUUCCUGGGCCAGCGAGGGCUGAUUGAGAGCGACUUGCUCACCAAGGUGCUGGAAGGCAUGGCGUUCGCUGGAUUCGUGUCCGAGAGGGGCCCCCCCUACAGGGCCUGUGAUCUUUUUGACGAGUUGGUGGCGUUUGAUGUGGAGCGCUUUAAAGAGGAGGAGGAGAACCCAGCCAAGUUACAGAAGCACAUCCGGGAGAUUGCUGAGCUGCUGUACAAGAACGAGAAUCCAAACCCCCACAUGGCAUUCCAGAAGGUUCCUCAGCCCUCUGAGGGGUCCCAUCUGCGGGUGCACGUCGUUCCUUUCCCCCUGCUGGACGAGGAGCGUGUGGCGGGCCUGCUGAAGGAGGGCCUGGCCAAACACCAUGGCACCCCCACCACCACCCGCACCCAGAGGAGGUGUGUGGUGCCCGCCGGCCCACCUGUGGUGUCGAUCCAGGGCAGGCCAGGCACAGUGUUCAACAGCGCCCGGCGGCUGGAGGUGGUGAGGAGCUGCAUCUCCUUCAUUUUCGACAACAAAACCCUGGAGACUGAGAAGACUCUCCCAGCAGCUCUGCGGGCUCUGAAAGGCAGGGCGGCUCGGCAGUGCCUGGUGGAGGAGCUCCAGCAGCAUGUGCAGCAGAACCGAUCCAUCCUGGACCACCAGCAGUUUGACCACAUCGUCCGCAUGAUGAACUGCGCCCUGCAGGACUGCUCCAGCUCAGAGGAAUACACCAUUGCUGCAGCACUGCUUCCUCUGUCGGCAGUGUUUUACCGGAAACUCGCACCAGGAGUCAACCAGUUUGCCUACACCUGCGUCCAGGACCACCCCAUCUGGGCCAACCAGCAGUUCUGGGAGGCGACAUUCUACAGCGAGGUCCAGAACCAGAUCAGAUCACUUUACCUCAACACGCCGGAGGAGAUGACCGAAAUCACAGCGGGACCAAAGGGCCGAGGUCCCUCGCCCCCCGCACCCCCGUCAGACUCUGAGCGCACAGCCAUGGACCUGGGGGCAGAGCAGCUGCGGGCGUGGCCCUGCCUGGGGAAGGAGCAGCAGCAGGACCUGGUGAACGGCGAGGAGAGCACGGUGUUCAGCCAGGCCAUCCACCACGCCAGCCUCAUGGUCUACCUGCUGGUGCCCCUGGACGGCAGCAAGAGCAAGCUGCUCCGCCCCCCACCCACCGCCGACUGGGAGAGCGGCAGCAACAGCAUCGUCACCAACAGUAUGGCGGGCAGCGUGGCAGAGAGCCUCGACACGGAGAGCGGCUUCGAGGACUCUGAGAACAGCGACGUCGCCAACUCGGUGGUCCGCUUCAUCGCCCGCUUCAUCGACAAGGUGUGCACCGAGAGCGGGGUCACGCAGGAUCAUAUCAAGAACCUGCACAGUAUGAUCCCAGGCAUCGUGGCCAUGCAGUUGGAAGCACUAGAGGCGGUGCACAGGGAGAGCUUGACUCUCCCUCCCAUUCAGAAGCCCAGGAUCCUGCGGCCGGCCCUGCUUCCGGGGGAGGAGUUUGUGACGGAGGGGCUGCGGGUGGUGCUGGAUCCGGACGGCCGGGAGGAGGCCACAGGGGGCCUGCUGGGGGGGCCUCACCUCCUGCCAGCAGAGGGAGCCCUCUUCCUCACCACCUACCGCAUCAUCUUCAAGGGCACCCCUCAUGACCCCUUAGUGGGCGAGCAGGAGGUCAUCCGGAGCUUCCCGGUCUCCACGCUGACGAAGGAGAAGAAGAUCAGCAUCCAGAACCCGCUGCAGCAGUGCCUUCAGGAGGGCCUGCAGAUGAGAUCUGCCUCCUUCCAGCUGAUCAAAGUGGCCUUCGAUGAGGAGGUGAGCUCUGAGACGGUGGAGAUGUUUAAGAAGCACCUCCAGAGGACUCGCUACCCCGUGUCCAUCUUCACCGGGUUUGCGUUCGCUGCAGGGCAGGUGGUGCCCCAGCUCGCUCUUCCCAAGCACAAGGAGAGGAACACGGGCUUCCGCACGCUCUCAAAGACCAUCGUCAAAGGGGCCAAAAAGGCCGGGAAGAUAACCAUCGGCCGGCAGUACACCAAGAAAAACGAGAAAGGGAACCGUGCCACCUGGCACGAGGACGAUGACAUCUCAGUUUCGGACGAAGGGGAGCUUCCCCCGAGCCCCACCCUCAAGACGUCGGAGAAGUCCACCAUGGAGCAACUUGUGGAGCGGGCCUGUUUCCGUGACUACCAGCGGAUGGGCCUGGGCACCAUCUCCGCCAGCUCCUCGCGGUCCAAGACUGGCGACAAGUUCCGCAUCACCGCCAUCAACCGGCUGUACUCCGUCUGCCGCAGUUACCCAGGGCUGCUGGUGGUGCCGCUGGCGGUGCAGGACGGCAGUCUGCAGAAGGUGGCGCGCUGCUACCGGCACAACCGCCUGCCUGUGGUGUGCUGGAAGCACAGCCGCUCCAAGGCCAUGCUGCUCCGCUCCGCAGGGUUCCACAGCAAGAGUGUGGUGGGGCUCUUCAAGUCCCAGAGCCAGACCCCCUCUGCUCCCGUGUCUUCGUCUGAGUCAUCCAGCAGCCUGGAACAUGAGAAGUACCUACAGGCCAUCCUGACUGCCAUUCCCGUCCACUCCAAAACCAGCCGAAACGACACCCUGACUAACCGCACACUCAUCGGCCUGUCACCAGGUAGUGAAAGGCGGCUGACAAGGAUACCGAAGAUGACCCCAGUCCACCUGGAUGUGCCCUUCUCCAACAGCUUCGCCAGAGGAGUGCUGGGUUACAGGGAUAAGCUUUUCACUCACUCAAACCACAAGCCUGCAUCUAAGGGAAUCCAAAAUCAAGGUGUGUGGGCAAGCCUUCGCUCCAGUAACCGCUUCAGCCAGGCCUCUGUGGCUGAGGUGGGGGCCAGGCUGGCCCGGAAGGAUCUGCAGCCUCCCACCGACAGCGAGAACCUACAGGCCAAACUGCUCAAGCACCCGGCCGCCUUCUACAUCUUCGGAGAGAAGUCGCACCACAGGGGCUUCAAGCUGGACGUGGCUAUGAACUGCGAGCUGGUUCCGGUGGAGUUUGCGGACGCUCGGCAGGUGAAAGCGGCUUUCAAGAAGCUUCUGCGGGCGUGUGUGCCCAGCUCCACCCUCUCAGAUGCGGAGGGCCCCUUCCUGAAGGCUGUGGAGGACUCGGAGUGGAUCACUCAGCUCCAUAAGAUCCUGCAGCUGGCUGUGGUGCUCGCCGAGCUGAUGGACGGGGGAUCCUCAGUGAUGCUGAGUCUGGAGGACGGAUGGGACAUCACUACACAGGUGGUGUCUCUGGUGCAGCUGCUGAGCGACCCGUUCUACAGGACCCUGGAGGGCUUCCAGGUGCUGCUGGAGAAGGAGUGGAUGUCCUUCGGGCACAAGUUCAGCCAGCGCAGUGCCCUGACCACCAGCAGCCAGGGCAGCGGAAUCACGCCCGUCUUCCUGCAGUUCCUGGACUGCGUGCACCAGUUACACAACCAAUACCCUCAGGAGUUUGAGUUCAAUCAAUAUUACCUGAAGUUCUUGGCCUACCACUACGUGUCAAACCGUUUCAAAGACUUCCUCCUGGACUCAGACUAUGAACGCCUUGAGCACGGGACAUUGUUUGAGGACAAGGGAGACAAGCAGUCCAGGAGAGGGAUCAGCAUCUGGGAAUUCAUCAACAGGAUACACAAGAGAAGCCCCCUGUUCUUUAACUACCUGUACAGCCCCUCUGAGACCCAGCCAAUGCUCAAGCCCUGCAUUGGUAUCCCCAGCCUGAGCAGAUGGGACUACUUCACUGGGGAGACGCUGUCCACAGGGCCCUCCUAUGACUGGAGACUUAUAGCAGGCAAGGCCGACAGUACAGAGGGGGCCCCCAGCAAGAGGAGAAUCAUCUGGCCCUGUUACAACAGCGUGGGUCGUGCCCAGCCGGACGCCAUCACCAAGCUUCUGGCUGACAUCGAGCGGCUGGAGAGUGAGCUCAACCAGUGGCCCGAGCAGUGGCAGGUGACUCUGGAGAGGGUGAAGGCCAGUAUAAAGGAAGAUCUGAAGCAAGAGAGCAAUCUCCAGAAGCAGUCUCUGGGGCUUGCUGGCCUGGUCCCCACUUCCAACAUGCAGUCGUUCCAACGGCACUCCAUGCUGCACCUCCCUGACUGCGCCCUGAGCCCCACCCCCAACACCACCAACGGGGUCAACCGGAGAGCUGCCACGCUCUACAACCAGUUCACCUCCAAGAACGAGGAGAACAGGUCAUACGAGGGAGUCCUGUACAAGCGGGGAGCUUUGCUGAAAGGGUGGAAGCCUAGGUGGUUUGUUUUGGACACUACGAAACACCAAAUGAGGUAUUAUGACACGGGCGAAGACACCACCUGCAGGGGCCACAUCGACCUGGCAGAGGUGGAGUCUGUCCUUCUGGCCUCCCCCUCCACAGGGGCCCCCAAACACGUCGGCGACAAGGCCUUCUUCGAUCUCAAGACGACCAAGCGCACGUACAACUUCUGCGCUGCAGACACACAGAGUGCCCAGCAGUGGCUGGACAGGAUCCAGAGCUGCAUCUCAGAGGCCUGAGGGCCCCCUGUAGACCGCUGUGAUCAGAAGAGAGCAUGUAGGCAGGGUGUGGCAGUGUCCGAAAACUCUUCUGACUUCCAGGCACCAGGAUCUGCACUCUCUCCUGGGAGCGUGAGCAUGUGUUGCACUAACUACAAAGAGGAGCUUAUCCCAUUUUUAAAUGCAAAUAAGAACUGGAGUAGCACUGGACAUUAACUGUGGAUUAAAUGUACAAAAAAGUAUUUUUAAAAACACAGUUCAAGAAAUGUGGAUGUUUUAAGUAAAGAAACUACAUCAUUCUGCUGCUUGUGAACCAAAAAGGGCCGGAAUCUACGAUGAAUGCACUAAAAAUGCACUUAACCCUGCAAUAUGCAUUCCAUAGGUUUUAGUUUUAAUAACUAAGAGAAUUCCAGAAAGGCAUUAAUUUGUGUAAGUGAGAUGUUUCUAUCAGCAGUUCUUACAUUUUAAUAGUGCUGAGAAAUCUUUGACACUAAAGUUUGGAGUAUGUCCUGGCUUUUUGUAUUUGUAUUACAAGUAACUGUUUUUUGUUUUGAUAUUUGUGAAUUUACUUACUCACUUUUCUUUCUCAUUCCAUGUGUUGUACAUUAAAAUCUAUAUUAAAAACAUCUGAUGUACUUGGUCAAGACCUGAAUAUUGUUACAUAUGUACAUUUUCCACAGUAGCAUUUUAUACUUUUUAUACAUUUGUAUCCGAUAGGUUGUUGUUUAACUGAAAAGAAAGACUUACAACUUUGCCUUUUAAAAAAUGUUUUCAGUGUGGUAUGUUUGUACAAACAAUAUUUUCUGUUGACACAUUAAUGUAUUUUGAGUGCCAGGAAGCACACAGCUUUCCAACUGAUUCCAUGGCUCUCAACUUGUUCUUAAAGGCCAGUUGGUUAUUAAGAACAAUAGCCUGUUUACUUUAAUAAUUGUUUCAUGUGGUUUGAGGGGGAAAACAGAGAAUGUUAUGUACUGUCUGGGCAUUGUGUUUUGACACUAACUGUCACACUAAUUUGUCCCAAAGUGAACUUGUCGUACUUGAAUGUGCCUUUCCAUCCUGUGAAAUGACCGCACACAAGCUGUGUCUUUGAGGGGAAACACAUGCAAAAAUUAUUAAAUCAGUUUGUGUUAUAUUCAUGGUGUGGAUCUGACUGUUGUUUUUAUUUUGUGGUGAUUCUGGGUUUCAAAGACAAUAAAUCAAGCAUCAUGCAAGGGA